AUGCCUUCAGGUGACUGCAUUCGAAGACAAGGUUAUACAGAGUCUUCACUUCUGAAGCUUCCCACAAAAGAACGGAUUGGGAGCCACCAUGCACCUUUCCAGUUUGACCGGCAUGCUCUGGCCAGAAUUUCCACUUCGCCAACCUUAAGGCGUCUAAGGAUGGCCUCUGCCUCGCAAUCACUGUUAUUUCAGGACUGCUAUGACACAGCUCAACUGGGGAAUCAAAAGGAAUACACCGGCUCUCCCCACCACAUUUGUAAGAGUCCACCUCGGUGCACUACGGCUUCCUCAUUGUUGUUACCUUCUUGUGUCCAUGCAAAAUUACUGUCUUCCAAAGCCAAGUCUGAGACAACUAUGGCAGAUCCAGAGUCUGCCAGCCCCAGAUCAAAGCUGCCAAGCCAAAAAGAUCCUCUCAGCGAUGGCAGCCCCAAUGAGACACUCCAAAACUCUUGGAGAGCCAACUCUGCUACACUGCCUAGGAGAUUCCCCUGUCCCAGCCCUACAACGCAGGAGAGUGUCCAGGUAAAAGUUCCAUUAUAA